GUCCUGGACUGGUUUGUGCAGAUCUGCCUGGCUCUGAAGCACGUGCACGACCGGAAGAUCCUCCACAGGGACAUCAAAUCACAGAACAUAUUCCUGACUAAAGACGGGACCGUACAGCUCGGAGACUUUGGGAUCGCACGGGUGCUCAACAGCACUGUAGAGCUGGCCAGAACGUGUAUUGGCACGCCGUAUUACCUGUCCCCUGAGAUCUGUGAGAACAAACCGUACAACAACAAGAGUGAUGUUUGGGCCCUUGGGUGUGUCCUGUAUGAAAUGUGCACCCUUAAGCAUGCAUUUGAGGCCGGCAACAUGAAGAACCUGGUUCUGAAGAUCAUCCGGGGCUCCUACCCCCCCGUCUCCCUGCAUUACUCCCAGGACCUGCGCUCUCUGCUGGGCCUGCUGUUCAGACGCAGCCCGAGAGAGAGACCCUCCGUCAGCAGCGUGCUGGAGAAGCCCUUCCUCUGUUACAGGAUUCAGAGCUUCCUCUCUCCUCAGAUCAUCGCUCAGGAAUUUCGCCAUAAUUUUCUUCACAAGCAGCCUAAAGUGGGCGUGGUGCCGGGACCAGCAGCCAAGCGUCCGACCCCCGGCUCCAUCCCCCCCGCUCAGAGGAUCACGAAACCAGCCUGUAAAUACGGAGUGCCUUUAACCGUGAGGAAGGACGCCGCCAAGAGACCUGCAGACAGGAAACCAGCCGUGAGACACAGACCUGCCCCUCCCCCUGCAGCCCCCCCCAGGAGAGUGAGUCACGUGGAGGAAGAGAGGAAGAAACAUGAGGACGGCAUGAGGAGGAAGAGGAUGGAGCUGAUCGAGAGGGAGAGGAAACAGAGAGAGCAGAUGAUCCUGUUUAAAGCGGAGCAGAUGAAGAGAUAUGAAAAGGAAAAGAUAAACCGGAUAAACCAGGCCAGAGAGCAGGGCUGGAGACACGUGCUGAGCUCCAGUGGAGGCAGCAGCCCCGAGAGGAAGUGUUUUGCAGGGGGGGGGCAGUGGGCCGGUCCGGGUUACCUUCCCAGUAAAACUCCGUACGAACACUACCACGCUGCUGCUGGACCAGAUGAGAGGAGCGUCUCCGGCACCAGGCAGCCCGGCACCAGGCACCCGGCACCAGGCAGCCCGGCACGGGUCCCGGCGGCUGCAGGCCCGGUUCUGCCCAGCAGCCCGGCCCGGGUCCUGAACCCGGACGCCAUCAAGAGGGAACUGCAGCGUCUGCAGCACGACUCUAAAGCUGCUCACAUCAGCCGGUCUCGGGGUCACAUGGCUGCAGGACGGGCCUAUCAGGUGGAAGAGUUUCUGCAGAGGAAGAGAGAAGCCAUGCUCAACAAGGUGCGAGCCGAGGGACAGCUGGGAACGCGGCAAAACCUGGCAGCGACGUACGGGAGCCGGGGGGGCUCGAUCCGCUUCAGGAGGCCCAGAGCCAACCGGGAGGAGGAGGAGUAUCUAUCCAGACUGAGGCAGAUCCGCCUGCAGAACUUCAACGAGCGUCAGCAGAUCAAAGCCCGGCUCAGAGGAGAGAAGUACGACAGCGACGGGUCAGACAGCCAGGAGUCCAGCGAGGAUGCCGAGCUCAAGAGAAGGAAGAUCGAGGCGCUAAAAGCUCAAGCUAACACUCGAGCUGCUGUGCUGAGAGAGCAGCUGGAGAAGAAGAGGGUGGAGGCGCUGGAGAGGGAGAAGAGAGCCUGGGAGGAGCACCUCGCAGCUCGGGGGGUGAAGCCUGGCGUCGCUGCAGCAGGACACGUAGCUUCAUCAUCAUCGUCUUCAUCAGAUCCUCCUCAGACCUCUCAGCCAGACGCUGCUGCUGCUGCUGAAGCCAUCUCCAUGACGGCCGCCCUGAAGAACGUUGGAGCGGUGACUCCACUGAAAGAGAAGUCAGCUCAGCCGGAGACUGCUGCCGUCCUCCAG